UGUCACUCUCCAGAGCUGCUCUCCAAAGCUUUAUCUCCCUGCCUCCGGAACUGGGCUACCCUACAACAGCGAGGACAAAGCAACUAUAUACAUUUACAUACCACUUUGUUUUAAUACCGCAACUUCCGAUCGCUCUGGCAUCAACCUAGGAGGUUAGAGCCAAGUCGGCUUGACCAUCAGCGUCAUUAUCCACCUCAUUUAUACAGACGUUUUGAAGACAUACGUAUUGGUUGUUGCAGUGAAAUAAUGGCACCUUGACCUCGUCCAGUCUAUUCAGUGUUUUGGAGAGAAAAAAAGGCAACGCACGUUUUGUUCGUCACCAGUGUCCCAUCAAUAGAAGAGAGAGCGGUGAGAUUCAGCGCUGACCUGGUGGAUGUGUUAAAGCAUGAAUAACCUGGGACCUCCGAUGAGGCAAGCCAAUGGGGUGGCCAGAUCUGACAGCAAGAUGGGCGCCAAGGCUCUAUACGAGCAACGGAAGAAAUACUCCAAUGUCAUAAUGCAGGAGACGUCUCAGUAUCAUGUGGAGCACCUGUCCACCUUCAUGAUGGACAAGACAGAGUCCAUUGCCACAGUGGACGAUGCCAUUAAGAAGCUGGUGCUGCUGGACUCUAAAGAGAAGAUCUGGACCCAGGAGAUGCUGCUUCAGGUCAACGACAAGGCUGUACGGCUACUGGAUGUUGAUACACAGGAAGAGUUGGAGAACUUUCCCCUGCCUACGGUCCACCACUGCCAGACAGUGUUGAAUCAGACCAGGUAUCCAUCUGUCCUACUGCUGGUGUGUCAAGACACUGAACAGCACAGACCUGACAUACACUUCUUCCACUGUGACGAGGUCGAGGCAGAGAUGGUCUAUGCAGACAUCGAUGCAGCCCUGGGUGAUAACAAACAUGGGAAGAAGAUGCGACCACAGACCUUGAAGGUGAACCAGGAGAAGAUGAAGCGCCACAGAGAGACUAUCAUCCCCCCCUCCUCGGCCCCUAAGGGCCCGACCCCAGGAGGCCGCGUGGCUGCCAUGAACAUGCAGGACGUGGAAAGACGAGGCUCCGCACAGCAGGACCCAGAGUCCCAUGAAAAGCUGGCCCAGCGUAUUGAGAAGGACGUGCAAAUCCUGAACUGUUCCCUUGAUGACAUUGAGAUCUUUGUGGCUCGGCUGCAGAAGGCUGCGGAGGCGUUCUCUCAGCUCAACCAGCGCAACAAGAGUAAGAAGAGUAAGAAGAAAGGUCCAGCAGACGGCAUGCUGACCCUGAGAGCGAAGCCCCCCUCCGAGGCAGAGUUCAUUGAUAGCCUACAGAAACUGAAGCUGGCCUUCAACCUGCUGGCCAAACUGAAGAAGCACAUCCAGAACCCCAGUGCUUCUGAGCUGGUGCACUUUCUGUUUGGCCCCCUGGAGUUGGUUCUCCAGUCCUGUGGUAGUCCAGAGCUACCCCGCUCGGUGGUCUCCCCUCACCUGUCGAGAGAUGCAGUGGACUUCCUGAGAGGUCACCUGACGCCUAAAGAGAUGACCAUCUUUGAACUGCUGGGAGACGGGUGGACACGACCUAGAGCGGACUGGCCGCGGGACCAGUGUGCUCCUACAUACUUCCCUAAAUUCAGGAACGGGUGGGAGCCCCCAGCUGAGCUGUUCAGGACCUCCCCGUGGGAGACAGAGGGAUCAGGGGAACCUCCCAGGUCCCCCAUAUCCAACCUCCUGUCCCCCUACAAGUCAGACGAGUUUUUUGGAACCCAGUCUUUAAACUCAUCGAAUGGGUCCAACAAUGGGCUGACCUCCUCGUCCCGUAAAUAUGCCAAGAUCCGCUACCACUUUGUGGCCCGCAAUGCCAACGAACUGUCAGUACUGCAGGACGAGGUGCUGGAGGUGAUAGAGGACGAUAAACAGUGGUGGAAACUGAGGAACAGGAGUGGCCAAUCAGGAUACGUCCCCUACAACAUCCUGGAUGUGGUCAAACUAGAGGAACCACAUGGCAUGGCUGAACCUCUCUAUAGCCAGCCCUACAGCCCUACCUCUCCGUCCAGCUCUCUAGGUAGAGGGGAGAGCUUUGACAUGGGCCGCUUCAAAGAAUCUCGGACACACCAGAUGGAUGAGGUGAAUGAUGAAUUGUUGAAGAGGAUCACUACUAAUAAGUCCAAUCCUCCGGGCCGUAACUUCAGGGUAGAGCGCCCCUCAGACAGCAGCUCCUCUCCUCCUCUCACCUUAGACUCCAGCCCACCGCAGGUCACCGCCUGGCUCAAUGCCAAGGGAUUCUCUAAACCGACGGUGGAGUGCCUGGGGAACCUGACGGGCGCUCAGCUCUUCUCUCUGAACAAGGAGGAACUGAAGGCAGUGUGUGGAGACGAGGGAGCCAGGGUGUACAGCCAGACCACCGUGCAGAAAGCCCAGCUAGAGAAGAACAAUGGGAAUUCAGAGCUCCAAGAGAUUAUGAGACGACGACAAGAGAAGAUCGAUGCCGGCAAGGACUGAUCUGAGCAUGCUCAAUGACUGUCAACCAAUCACAGCUCAGCAUGGCUGGUCACCAUAACAACCCUCUCCAGUAGCAACCAACCAGAAGCCUUCCCCUCCCACAGUGCCCACCCUUUCACCAACUUCUUUUUCAGACAAUCGACAGUUAACAUUGGCAUUUAAUAUAAAUGUUAUAUAAUUUUUAAAAAUUCUAUAUUUAUUUUUCAUCUUAGUGAAUGUAUGUUUACCUUUUUCUUCAAUGAUGUUCUCUGGUAAUUAUGACUAUUGCUUUUUGAUGCUUUGCCUGACAAUGUUUCUAUCUUUGUAUAGUGGUGAGGGACCAUAUUAAUUUACAGGUGUAGUGGUGAGAGAGAUAGUUUGUGCAUCUGUGUGUGUGUGACUGACGGCUGUAUGUGACUGAUGGCUGUAUGUGACUGAUGGCUGUAUGAGACUGACGGCUGUAUGAGACUGACGGCUGUAUGUGACUGACGGCUGUAUGUGACUGACGGC